AUGACGACUAACGACAGCCCCUCCAAACCCGUCUCGGUCCGGCCCCGGCUCGACUCCUCCAAGAGGAGCAGCUCAUACCUGCAGGAAUUCCAGCAGUACCGUCCUCCCAACAAGCCCGAGAGCAGCUUUGGCAUCGACACCGUUGUCGAGGAUGCCUCUGCCGCGAGCAGGACUCCCGCUGUCACUGCUGCUGCCGCCGCUGCCGUGAGCACCAGCGCCAAUGCCAAUGCCAAUGCCAAUGCCAAUACGCCCUCGCCUCCUCCCGCCUACCGAGGCGUCCCAUCGCCUGACAACCCGCCCAAGGUCGUCGAGAGCGGCCUGAACCACGACCUGUCGCAUCCCAACUGCGCACCACCACCCGGCGCCUCCUCGCAGAAGCUGGUCGCCACGCUGUUCUACAAGACCAAGAACCAGCGCAUCUCCAACAAUGCCAUCCCCUCGCCCCAGGCGCCGGCGUCGCCAACGCAACAGCACAAGGGACAGCCGUCCGCGCCGCACUCCGAAGGCUCCGACAUCCCCGCCAACAUGGCGCCGACCACCGACCCCGAGUCCUUCCCCCUCGAGCCGCCCGCCGCAGAGCCCGAGCCCCUCGACCACCUGUACGGCUCGUACGUGUCGCCGCUGUGCGUCACCUCCUUCCUGCACCUCAUGUCGGGCUUCCCGCUGCCGCCCGGGUCCGAGAACAUGACCUCGGCGCACCGCUGCCUCGACAACAGCGAGCACCCGCUCGUGGUGGAGCUGACGCUGUCGCCGGCCCCGGCCCCGAGCUACCUGGAGCUGGCGGACCUGCGCAAGCACGAGCUCAUCUACCGCUUCGAGCGCGAGUGGAACGUCGACGUGGCCCUGCAGCGCGACCUGCUGUGGCGGCGGCACCCGCGGCUGGUCGUCUUCGACAUGGACAGCACCCUCAUCACGCAGGAGGUCAUCGACCUGCUGGCCGCCACGAUCAAGGACCCGCCCGACCUGGCCGCCCGCGUCGCCGACAUCACGCACCGCGCCAUGCUGGGCGAGCUGCAGUUCGAGAGCGCCUUCCGCGAGCGCGUCGCCCUGCUCAAGGGCCUCCCCGAGACCAUCUUCGAGGAGCUGCGCGCCGUGCUGGACGUGACGCCCGGCGUGCGGCCGCUGGUGCGCGCGCUCAAGAGGCUCGGCGUGCGGACCGCCGUGCUGAGCGGCGGCUUCCAGCCGCUGACGGCGUGGCUGGCGUCGGAGCUGGGCAUCGACCACGCGCACGCCAACGAGGUCGUCAUCGAGGGCGGCAGGCUGACGGGCGAGGUCGCGGGCGUCAUCGUCGGGCGCGAGCGCAAGGCCGAGCUGCUGGCGCAGAUCGCGGCCGCCGAGGGCAUCGACCUCAGCCAGGUGGUCGCCGUCGGCGACGGCGCCAACGACCUCAAGAUGAUGGCCACCGCCGGCCUGGGCGUCGCCUGGAACGCCAAGCCCCGCGUGCAGAUGGAAGCCGGCGCGCGGCUCAACGGCGACAGCCUGCUGGAUUUGCUGUACCUGUUUGGCUUCACGAGGGAGGAGAUCGAGAUGUUGUCUGCAUAG